AUGCCGAAUCUCGACAUGAUAGACCCUUACCAGUGUCCUAAUUACCAGUCAGUGACGAGUCCCCAGCAGCAAUUUCACGUGGAUGAUGUUUCUUCUCCUUUGGAUUCCACUACAACAGCGUCUACUACAUACGAUGAUGACGGAGUGCCGUGCAGGGAAAGACCACCACCGACUCACAUCAUCUCCAAGUUGUAUGUCAUUUACCAGCGAUACAAAUUCGUGAUCUUGGCAACGACUUUCUCAGCAUUCCUGGGGAUUUUCUUUUCCGGGCUUCUGUUCACCACAGCGACCGAAGGACGAGUCAAAACCUGCUUUGGACCAGAUUGCGGUGACAUGAAAGAAGCCGAACUGCAGGGCAAAAUUGUGGCAGUCGGCCAUCCGGCGGAAGUUCUGCAAAAAUUGCACUACCCGGAACCACCUGGCAGUAAACCCCCCGAGGCGAAGGGUUAUGACCGGUCUCAACCCUGGGACAUGGUCAAGUUACCCUCAUUUGCGAGACCUCGACACUAUAAAUUGCUGCUGCAACCGGACGUCGACAGACAAGCUUUCCGAGAGUUCUUGCAAUUCAACCAAUUUGCAAUUUGA